AUUGAGCUUUGUUUCUUCUCAGUUUGCUGAGAUGGGUUUUCAGGGAUGAGAUGGGUGGAGAUAUCUGUGAGCUUUAUUUUGACUGAUGGUUAAAAAGAGACAGCCACAAUAAUCUUGGAAGCAAGAAGCAUUGUUGUCACCUGACAGUUAAUUAUUUCAGGAGGCAUGAUCAUCAUUAUGCAAUAUUUGACUGAGAGGCUUAGACCCCUUGUGGGUUUGAAGGGCUGGGAUUAUUGUGUUAUUUGGAAAUUGAGUGAAAACCAAAGGUUUAUUGAGUUGAUGGAUUGUUGUUGUUCUGGGGCUGAUGAGAACACUCAGACUAAUGGAGGACAAGAACUUCUUUUCCCAGUUUAUCCAGUCCUUCCAUGCAGAGAUACAAUGCAGCACUCAAGAACCAAUUCCUGUGAUGUUCUUGCCCAGCUUCCUUCUUCUCUGCCCUUAGACUCUGGGAUUUAUGCACAUCCCUUAAUAUCAAACCAGCCCAUUUGGUUGAACUCAUCUUCUAACAGAGAUUCAAGUGCCAUGGCAGAAAGAGAUGGGACCAGAGUUUUGGUUCCAAUUGCAGGAGGGUUGAUUGAGCUGUUUGUCUCCAAAGAUGUCUCUGAAGACCAACAAGUGAUUGAUUAUAUUACAGCCCAAUGCAACAUUUCAAAGGAGCAAGACAUCCUUGGUGCUGGCUGCAAUACAAGCUUCCCUGUCAAUAUAAAUGACAUGAGAACUGAAAUACAACCACAGCCAUUUCCAGGCAAUGAGAAUGAAGGAAAUGAUCAUCUAAACAGUAAUCAUUUCCAGCAGCCACCUGUUGUUUCCCCUUCAGUGGAUCAUGAUUCGAAUGUGCCAUAUGACAUAUCAGUUGAUCGAAUCCGCCUCCGCAGCUCUUCUCCAAUGAAUUUCCUGCAACAUGUCACUUACAACUCAGAGAACAGCAUGAAGAAUGGUAAUAGUAAUGUGUACUAUGAGCAGCGUUCACAUGAGUCCUUGGGAGAGAUGGGGCUUCAAGCUGAUGCUGAUGCACCAAACAUGCACAAUAGUACGCAUGUUAUGGAGGCAUUGGAAAAUAUGGAGCAGCAGGGUGUUGAGGAUCAAGAUUCAGUUAAACAUGAGGCCCAGGGUGGAAGAACUGCAGAUAAUUCAGGCUCAGAUUGCAGUGAUCAAAUUGAUGAUGAAGAUGACACAAAAUAUAGGCGGAGAACAGGGAAAGGGCCUCAAUCCAAAAACCUUUUUGCAGAGAGGAAGAGAAGGAAGAAGCUCAAUGAAAGACUGUAUCGCCUUCGGUCUUUGGUUCCCAACAUUUCUAAGAUGGACAAGGCUGCCAUCCUCGGGGACGCAAUUGAUUUCGUGAAGGACUUGCUGAGGCAAGUAAAGGAACUCCAAGAUGAGCUUGAACAGCAUUCAAAUGAUGAAGGACCUAAUAAGAAAACUAGUGCCAAUAUCUGUGGAAACCACAACAAUUUCCAACCAGAGAUUCUAAAUCAAAAUGGAACAAGCAUUACUAACAAGCCAGAAAAUGAUGAUAAGCCUCCAAAUGGAUUUCAUGUGGGCACAGCAGUUGAUAUUGGCAACAUCUCAAAACAGCAACAGGACUCAGAUAGUACAAAUGACAGAGGACAACAGAUGGAGCCACAAGUGGGAGUCACUCAGUUAGAUGGCAAUGAAUUCUUUGUGACUGUGUUCUGUGAGCACAAGCCUGGAGGGUUUGUGAGAUUGAUGGAGGCAUUGGAUACUUUAGGCUUGGAAGUAACCAAUGCAAAUGUGACCAGCUUCAGAAGCCUUGUCUCCAAUGUCUUUAAAGUUGAGAAGAAAGACAGUGAAGUAGUUCAAGCUGAUGAUGUAAGGGACUCUUUGCUGGAGAUAACAAGGAACCCAUCAUCAAAAGUGUGGCCUGAGAUGGCCAAAGCAAAAGCAUCAGAAAAUGGGAGUGGAUUGGAUCACUUUCAUCAUGAUGAUCACCAUCAUUACCAGCAACACCAUCUCCACAAUUACCAUGCUUCUUCAUACCACCUCCAACAUCUUUAUAAUUAUUAAUUGAGCUUAAUCUAGCUACUAGUUAUGUAUCAAUUAAUUAGGCACAUUCAGUUUCUUUCACUUUUCCUAUAAUUAAGCUGUAGA